GCGGCGCGGGGGGCGGGCUGCGGGGCGGGGAUUGUUUACGUCUCGCUCGGGAGCGGAAAGUAGGUCACGGCCGCCGGGCGGAGCGCGGCGGCAACCGAGCAGUGGCAGAGCCUGGGUGUUCCUCCAGAUACUGUCCACCAUGGCCAGGCGCCCUCGGAGCAGCAGAGCUUGGCACUUUGUCCUGAGCGCAGCCCACCGAGACGCGGAUGCCCGGGCUGUGGCUCUGGCGGGGACCACUAACUGGGGCUACGACUCAGAUGGGCAGCACAGUGACUCCGAUUCCGACCCCGAGUCCCCCACCCUGCCACCGCCCAUCCCCAGCGCUGUGCCUGUGACCGGGGAGUCCUUCUGUGACUGUGAUGGCCAGAGCGAGGCCUCCUUCUGCAGCAGCCUGCACACGGCGCAUCGCGCCAAGGACAAGGACUGCCGCUGCGGGGAGGAGGACGAGCAUUUUGACUGGGUGUGGGACGACCUGAAUAAGUCCUCGGCCACCCUGCUGAGCUGUGACAACCGAAAGGUCAACUUCCACAUGGAGUACAGCUGUGGCACGGCGGCCAUCAGGGGCACCAAGGAGCUGGGGGAGGGCCAGCACUUCUGGGAGAUCAAGAUGACCUCACCGGUCUAUGGCACCGACAUGAUGGUGGGCAUCGGCACAUCAGACGUGGACUUGGACAAGUACCACCACACGUUCUGCAGCCUGCUCGGCCGAGAUGAAGACAGCUGGGGUCUCUCCUACACGGGGCUCCUCCAUCACAAGGGCGAUAAGAUGAGCUUCUCAUCGAGGUUUGGCCAGGGCUCCAUCAUCGGCGUGCACCUGGACACCUGGCACGGGACACUCACCUUCUUCAAGAACAGGAAGUGCAUAGGUGUGGCGGCCACCAAGCUGCAGAACAAGAAGUUCUACCCGAUGGUGUGCUCCACGGCGGCCAAGAGCAGCAUGAAGGUGAUCCGCUCGUGCGCCAGCAUGACCUCCCUGCAGUACCUGUGCUGCCACCGCCUGCGCCAGCUGCGGCCCGACUCCGGGGACACGCUCGAGGGGCUGCCCCUGCCGCCCGGCCUCAAGCAGGUGCUGCGUCGCAAGCUUGGCUGGGUCCUGAGCAUGAGCUGCGGCCGCCGCAAGACCCCUGCACCAUCCCCCGUGGCCACCGGUGCGAGCGUCCCCGAGCCCCGGCCCCACCCACGGAAACGCUGCCGACGGACCUGACUGCUUUCCGGGGGACGCCGCCUUCCGGGGCUGGUGGCCGCCUGCUCCAUGCCCCUUCAGACUGGGCUCCAGAGGGCAGACUCACGCCCACGGCGGUCUUGGCCAGUACGGGCCCCUGUGGUCCCAGGAGCAUUGGCCUUUGGUGUCGUGCGGAUGCGGCCAGCCCGGCUCUCCCGGACUGACGGGGCCAGAGGACACGGGCAGAGGCAGCCCCCGUG